GACACGCACCACGGCCGCCGCGCGGCCCGCGCCGCGCCCACGCAACUAGCGCACAAACAAAACCCAUCCUCGCCUUCCUCCCUCCAUGGCGACCAAGCCCUACUUCCUCUGGGGGGACACCCACGCCGCCUCCGCCUCAGACUCCGACGCCGCCGCGGUCUACGCCUCGCGCGCUCCGGAGACGGCGGCGCUGCUGGCUGCUGCGACGGCGGCGGGGGACACGGCCGCGGUCGCGCCGGAGCUAGGCGCUGUGUCGGUGGCGCGGCCGCGGAUGAUGCGGCGGAACCCGUCCGCGUCCGGGAAGCAGCAGCAGCAGCCGCAGCAGGCGGGCGGCGGCGGGGCCAAGAAGCCGCCGCAGCGCGGGCUCGGCGUCGCGGAGCUCGAGCGGCUCCGCUGCGGGGGCGACCCGCUCCGCGAGCUGCUCGUGGACGCCGCCGGCGCGAAGGGACACCCGCUGCUCCAGUACCACCACCUGCAGGUGCCGCCCCCGGCGUUCGACUCCGCCGCUGGCGGGCGCUACUGCUCGCAGCUGCUGGCCCCGCCGCCAGGCCCCCCUCCCGUCUGCUUCCUCCACACGCCGUCGGCGGAGCAGCAGUACUUCAGGGACCGGUGGGGCCGCAUGGGGGGCUUCCCCCCGGCGGGAAAUGGCUCCGGCUGUGGCUCCGACCACCAGCCCCAGCUGCUGCCGCCGGCGCCAGAGCACCCUUCAAGCCAAAACACCAUCUGGCGUCCUGUUGCGUCCUCCCCCUCCUCCUCCUGCCUCCACACCGGCCACCGCUGCGACAUCUGCUGCAGGAGGAUGAGGGCGUUGGCAGAGAGAGAAGCGCUGGCACCGACGCCUCCUCCCGCGUCUCCAAACACCGCCGGCUCUAACACCGUCACCGACGCCACGCCAGACUACUCCAUCUACGAUCUCGCCGCGGCCAUGGCCGCCGGUCGCCAGGUAACAGCAUCUAUGCAUCAACAAUGCAAUUGCUCGUUCAUUAGUCCACUCAUCUGCCCGUGCGCGCACAAAUGCUGUCUUUUUGCCUGCUUGUGAAAGCUUCACUCAUUUGCGAUGUACCGCGCAGGGAGACACGUUCUUGGCCCUGGAAAGGAAGGGCGGAGCGCCCGCAGCGGCCGAGGCGCCGGCGAAGAAGGAGGUGCGGGAGAUCGAGUUCUUCCCGGCGGCGAGCGCGCACCACACAGGCAGCGGCGGCGGGGGCGGCAGCUGGGCAUCCGUCCGCGGCGACUCGGAGCUCGCGGCGCCCUUCGCCUCCCCGUACGGCGCCGGCGGCGGCGGCCGCACCGCACCGCAGCUCGACCUGUCUCUGAGGCUGUAGGGGCGUCGAUCGAUCGCUGUACCUGCUCGGCGGCGUAGGGUUUUUGCUUCUGUUGUUGCUUCAAUCGGUCGUCGCGUGCUAAGCUAUAAUACUAGUAGUAGGAGCUCGACCCCGUAUUUGCAUGACCGGCUACUCUACUACUACUAGGAAGUAGUAGGAGCUCGACCUGUCUUUGUGGCGUAGCGGUUUAUAAUGACA